AUGGAGAAUCCUAAAAUUCAAGAGGCGCGAGAAACGCUGGAUGUUCUUCACGAAAUUGCUACAAUCUUAAAUGCCAAUGUUGAUCGCGAGACAAUAUCGCUGUGUGUUCAACUUUGUGAGGAAGGAGUAAAUCCGGAGGCAUUGGCUGCAGUUGUUAAGGAGUUACGAAGAGAAAGUUAUUCCAACAAGGUUUCUGAAGGAGCCACCGUGACUGCUUCAUCAACUGCAGGAGGUGAAAAUGGGGGUGCAACCACUACAUCAUCUGCGUCAGGAUCCAAGAAUUAA